UCAACUAUUAAAGCGCGCCAACCAUACACGGUUUGAACUCUCCGACCUUCGCUAGCUUCCCUCUAUCCAAACCCGACAAUGUCAUCCGGGUCAAGUUCUCUAAUGUGGUUCCGGAAGGGCCUCAGGAUCCACGACAACCCGGCCCUCGAGUACGCCUCCAAAGGCUCCGAUUUUUUAUACCCGGUAUUCGUGAUCGACCCGCACUACAUGAAGCCCGACGCGGACGCUUUCUCACCCGGGUCAUCGAAAGCCGGCCUUAAUCGGAUCCGGUUCCUGCUCGAGAGCCUUUCGGAUUUGGAUUCGAACCUCAAAAAGCUCGGGUCCAGAUUGUUGGUGCUCAAAGGUGAACCCAGCGAGGUCCUCAAUCGUUGCCUGAAGGAGUGGGAUGUGAAAAGGCUUUGCUUUGAGUACGAUACAGAACCAUAUUAUCAAGCUCUAGAUGUUAAAGUUAAGGGGUAUGCAUCUGCGGCUGGCAUUGAGGUUUUUAGUCCCGUAAGUCAUACGCUCUUCAAUCCGGCGGAUAUUAUACGAAGGAAUGGUGGCAGGCCACCUUUGACUUAUCAAUCAUUUGUGAAGCUUGUUGGGGAUCCCUCAUGGGCAUCGUCCCCUCUUUCUAUUACACUUUCUUCACUUCCUCCAAUUGGGAGUUUUGGAAGAUGUGAGAUUUCAGAAGUUCCAACAGUUGAAGAACUUGGCUAUGAAGAGACACAACAGGACGAACAUUCUCCCUUUAAAGGUGGUGAAUCAGAAGCCUUGAAGAAGUUACGAGAAUCAAUUGAAAAGAAGGAGUGGGUGGCAAAUUUCGAAAAACCUAAGGGUGAUCCAUCAGCGUUUUUAACCCCGGCAACUACUGUUUUAUCUCCUUACUUGAAAUUUGGUUGUCUCUCUUCAAGAUAUUUCUACAUAUGCCUUCAAGAUUUAUAUAAAAAUGUAAAAAGUCAUACUUCACCACCGGUAUCUCUUGCUGGACAGUUAUUAUGGCGAGACUUUUUCUACACGGUUGCAUUUGGCACUCCUAAUUUCGAUCGGAUGAGGGGAAACAAAAUAUGCAAGCAGAUACCUUGGAAUGAUGAUGAUGAACUGCUGCAAGCUUGGAGGGAAGCUAGAACAGGAUUCCCUUGGAUCGAUGCCAUCAUGAUCCAGCUCCGUAAGUGGGGUUGGAUGCACCAUCUAGCACGACACUCUGUUGCAUGUUUUUUGACUCGGGGUGAUCUGUUUGUUCACUGGGAAAAAGGCCGUGAUGUUUUCGAGAGGCUUCUGAUUGAUUCAGACUGGGCAAUUAAUAAUGGAAACUGGCUAUGGCUAUCGUGCUCAUCAUUUUUCUACCAGUAUAACCGCAUCUACUCUCCAACCUCGUUUGGAAAGAAGUACGACCCAAAUGGGGAUUACAUUAGACAUUUUCUCCCCGUACUUAAAGAAAUGCCAAAGGAGUACAUUUAUGAGCCAUGGACGGCUCCUGAAAGCAUUCAGAAAAAGGCAAAGUGUAUAAUCGGAAGAGAUUAUCCAAAGCCAGUGGUUGCUCACGAUUCUGCAAGCAAGGAGUGCAAGAGGAGAAUGGCUGAAGCAUAUGCAUUGAACCAGAAGUUGACUGGCUUGGUGAGCGAAGAAGAUUUAAGAAACUUGAGGAGAAAACUGGAGAAGGACGAAAAGCCAGAGGUAAAAAAUAAACGGCAAAGAAAGCUAAUUGGCUGAGGUCUAUGUCGGUUGUCCGACCCUCCUCAUAGAAAAAACGGAUCCCUUGUAUUUGAUCUCACCCAACCCCACAUUCCUCAUACCCCUUUUAAGUUUGAUGAUACGAACGCCUGCUGACAAAGAAAGAUUCUACUUAAAUUUGGUAGGUUUUCAGAAGUUCAAGGUUGUAAAUGAGCCAACGCCGGAACUGAAUGUCAUUGUGCCCAAGUUUGGCUUGUGUAAUUUUUCCCCAGCUCGAGUGAGCUUAAAAAUUGCAAGCCCGAUACCGAGCUCGAGCUGUUUCGAGCUAUUUUAAUACUAGGUUGGUUUGAUUGCACAAA